AUGUGGAAGAUGGUUCCAGUUGUGUGCUUUGCGAUGAUGUUGCUCCAAGGUAAGUCAGUGGCACUUGUGCUGUACUUUGGACAUUUUUGGGAAAGCCUUAGUCUAUGGAAAUCUAAAGAUUAUAUUUCUAUAUGUCUCAUUUGAUAUACUAUUACCAGUCUAUUAUCUCUGACCUAGAUCGACAUUUUUGCUUUUAUAGUUAACAACAUAAAGUGUUUUGAUUGUUCGGCAAGAGCCUUGGGCACUUCGACCCAUGCAUCACAUCUCUCCAGACCUUACUCUCUCCAAACAAGGCCCUCCUUUAAUUGCUGCUCAGGUCGAUUAAAUGGGGUAACAGUGGAGGGGGGCUUGAACCAGCAUUCCAUGGGGCCAAUAUCAUGCCACCUUUGACCCCUCAGAGUCCUACAACAAAUAACUUCUAUAUUCUCCUAUCGCAGUGGUCCACUCGGCUCAGGGCCGGUACGCUCAGCAGCUGCUCACCGACCUGAUGGAGAACUACUCAAACGCCCUGCGGCCGGUGGAGGACACAGACAAAGCCCUGAACGUCACCCUGCAGAUUACUCUCUCCCAGAUCAAAGACAUGGUGAGUCUCAGAGAUUACUGACUAUGUCUCAACGAUGAGCAGAGCACCUCUGACAAUCUAUGACUGGCUUCUCUCACAAUGAGGCUUUGACAAAAUGUAAUCCUUGAUCAAAUACUUUGCACACGUAUAAAGAGGAUAACGAUAUCGUAGAGAGAGAUCAUGUACUUUUGAUCAGAGGAAACAAUGCAUUGUGAGAGAAAGGCAUCAAUUGCCAGUGCUGCUCUGUUCAUUGGUAAGACAGUAUAGUCCAGGGUUCUUCAAUUCCGGUCCUGGAGGGCCGAAACACCUCUGUUUUUCAUCCUCUCCUUCUAAUCAGGGGCUAAUUCAGACCUGGGACACCAGGUGAGUGCAAUUAACUACCAGGUAGAACUAAAAAACAGAAGUGUUUCGGCCCUCCAGGACCGGAAUUGAAGAACCCUGGUAUAGUCUGUAUGUAGUAUUAAGUCAGUCAUCUCUGUGACUCACCUGGUCUUUUACCCAGGCAUGAAAGGCAUAUGUAUUGUAUCUUUAACAUGCAUCCUGGCAGGGCAGAUAGGUCCACCAAGAUGCCCUCACAUUAUUAAUAUCCCAAUUGAUUGUAUUGAUUCAUCUGUUGAUGUGUAUGAGAAUCAGAAUCACCUUUAUUCUCCAAGUACAUUUACACAUACCCGGAAUUUGCCUUAAUGAGAAGGUGCUGCCAGCAAUAGACAAUAUAUGAACAGAAUACAAACACAAGUCCACAUGGACAUCAUACAGAAUAUACAAUUUCGGAACAGUGAACAUAAAACAAAACUCUGGAGUAUAGGCUGAUUACACUGUAAAUAUACCAUUUACAGAGGGAGGGAUGUCUAUCUACAUAAGCAGAGGGAGGGAUGUUGCCAUGGUGAAUAUAUACAGUGUUGUGCGGAGGUCUACAUAGUGCAAAUGCAAUAUAGUGCAGAUUAGUAUUAGAGGUCACUGAUGACAAGGUGCAGUAAUCAGCUAGGAGGUCUGAGAGACGUCAGACCUACUGUACAGGCCUACAGUUACUCAGCCAUCUCCUGUUUCAGUCCAGUGGAGUGUCAACCUCCCAUUCGUGUGUGUGUGUGUGUGUGUGUGUGUCUGACUAAGUAACUAAGUGUAUCUUGUCCAGUGCACUCUGAAGAGAGAUGAGACACCUGCCUUAAUCCCUGUCUCUGUGAUGAUGUCAUCCUGUCACUUUGAAAUGCAGACGUUACAGGAGGGGGUCGCAAUUCCGGAGCGACCCACUAGAUGUCAUCCUCCGACAACCUUAGGCACCUCCUCACUCACAGUCGGGACUAAUCAUCAUCCUAUUGGUGUCACCUCUGUCUAUCGGUUCACCUGUGUAUUUAUGCCCUCACUUCCCUGUGUUCCUUGGCUCAGUUUUCUCUGCUAGUUUCUCUAUGUCCAGCAGUACUACUCAGUGUCAAUGUACAGGUACUUGAGAAGUGUUCUCCCUGUUUCGUUAUUUGUUUCAGUCUUAGGUAGUAUUUCGUAUUUUGGCUGUCAGACGGUUUUUGGAGACUUUUUUGCUCCGCCUUUCUUUUAUUGUGAUAAGUCCGUUAUUUUGUAUUCUGGCUUCGGGACCACAAGUAAAGAUCCUUGUUUCACCAUCUCUGCCUACUGCCUACUGUAUAUCCUGCACUGCACCUGGGUCACACCUCACCCCAACCCUUACACAGAAAGACUCUGCGUGUGUGACCUGUGUGUUUGAGUGUGUAUGUGAGUGUGUGUGUAAUGAGUGUCCCUUUACUCUCCUUGGUUCCCUGCUUUGGUUAAGCCAUGCAUCAGGUUCUGGCAGUGAUACCCUCUAAACCCCUUUUGGUUAGUCUCGUCAUCCACCUGAUAUUGACAGACAGCUGGGUCUGGAUUUCACUAUGUCUGACAGCUAGAGAGAGAGAGGAAGAGAGAGAGAGAGAGAGAGAAGAGAGAGAGAGAGAGAGAGAAGAGAGGGAGAAGAGAGAGAGAGAUAGAGUUAGCAAGAGAGAGAUAUAAGUAGCGAUAGAGAUAUGAGAGUAUCGCUAUCGCUCUCUCUCUCUCUUCUCUCUCUUCCUCUUUCUCUCUGCUCUCUCAUUGCUCUUCCUCAGCACUCUCUCUCGCUCGCGAUCUCUGUACUCGAGAGGAGGAGAGAGAGAGAGAGAGAGAGACGCAUGUUCAGUAGCAUAUUGCCCUUACCUGUGUGUGUGUCCACAUGUUUUGUGUGUGUGCGUCUGUGGCAUGUGUGUGUGUCUGUGCACCUGCAUCUGUAUGUUUAUUACUGUGUCUAUGUGUGCAGGACGAGAGGAACCAGGUAUUGAUAGCGUACCUGUGGAUCCGUCAGACGUGGCACGAUGCCUACCUGAGGUGGGACAAGGAGGACUAUGAUGGCCUGGAGGUCAUACGGAUCCCCAGCAGUCUGGUGUGGAGGCCUGACCUCGUCCUCUAUAACAAGUACGCCCUUACAUCACACAGAUAUAUACAGCCACUGUACCAUGAUAUCGUAAUGACUUCUACUUUCUAGAAACAGCCUCCCUUAUUGGCAAUAACUGUUGGUCCAUGAAUUGGUCAUGCAUUAAUGCAAAGUAUUUAUUGAGGAAGAUUGUCCCAUAUACAGUAGAAGGAUGUUAUACCACAGUAAUGACAUGGUAAUACCCAUGUUAUUACAGUCAUUACAGUGUACAGGUACUAGUUUCCCUGUUCCUCCUCAGGGCGGAUGAUGACUUCUCAGGGCCGAUGGACACUAACGUGGUGCUGCGCUAUAAUGGGGAGAUAACAUGGGACGCUCCGGCCAUCACCAAGAGCUCCUGUGUGGUGGACGUGUCCUACUUCCCCUUCGACAGCCAGGAGUGCAACCUCACCUUCGGCUCCUGGACAUACAACGGCAACCAGGUAUACAGGAUAGGCAUACAUCCACAGAUAGACCGACCGUCAGACACACACACACACACACACACACACACACACUUAGUUUCUUGGAUUUAUACUGUGUGAGUUAAAUGGAGUGACAAAACUUGGUCAGCCUGAUAGAGAGAGGAGACACACACACACCCUGUCCUACUGCUUCAGACUGCCCUACCACAGACAGACACACACACCCUGUCCUACUGCUUCAGACUGCCCUACCGCAGACAGACACACACACACCCUGUCCUACUGCUUCAGACUGCCCUACCGCAGACAGACAGACACACACACACCCUUGGUGUGUGGUGAUGUCAUUCUAUCAUUAUCGAUGCAGACAAACUCAUUGUGUGUGUGUGUGUGUGUGUAUUAUACAUGUUCUACUAAAACACCCCUGUUACACUCCUAUUAUAUUUCACCCUCUAUUCCGAUGUCUCUUCUCAGGUUGACAUAGCCAUGGGUAUGGACAGUGGGGACCUGUCUGAUUUCGUGGAGAACGUUGAAUGGGAAUGCCACGGCAUGCCGGCCACCAAGAACGUCAUUAUGUACGGCUGCUGCUCCGACCCCUACCCUGACAUCACGUACACCGUCCUGCUCCAACGCCGCUCCUCCUUCUACAUCUUUAACCUUCUCCUGCCCUGCUUCCUCAUCUCCUUCCUGGCUCCGCUGGGCUUCUACCUGCCGGCUGACUCUGGGGAGAAGGUGUCCCUGGGGGUCACUGUGUUGCUGGCCCUGACUGUCUUCCAGCUCAUGGUGGCCGAGAGUAUGCCACCGUCUGAGAGUGUGCCGCUUAUUGGUGAGUCUCUUAAUCUUUCUCUAACUCUCUCACCCGCACACGCACGCAAAUCUCAUACACACACACAUCUUAUACUCACAUACAUCUCAUACACACAUACAUCUCAUACACACAUACAUAUCAUACACACAUACAUCUCAUACACACAUACAUCUCAUACACACAUACAUAUCAUACACACAUACAUAUCAUACACACAUACAUCUCAUACACACAUACAUCUCAUACACACACAUACAUCUCAUACUCACAUACAUCUCAUACACACAUACAUCUCAUACACACAUACAUCACAUACAUGCUGUACAUGUGCAGGAACUCAUUUUUCUCUCUCCUGUAUGUCACAGGAAAGUACUACAUCGCUACCAUGACGAUGAUCACAGCCUCCACGGCUCUCACCAUCUUCAUCAUGAACAUCCAUUUCUGUGGUGCUGAGGCCAAACCCGUCCCCCACUGGGCCAAAGUCCUCAUUAUCGACUAUAUGUCCAAGAUCUUCUUCGUCUACGAGGUGGGAGAAAACUGUGCUACUGCCACCUCUUCCUCCUCCUCUUCCUCAUCACAUUUUGGCCAGGACGAUAUCCACCAACCCAACUUCAGCCCCCACCACCAGGCCAAUGGGAAACCGGGGGGCAACAGCGGGAGAGAGAACCAGUACCGCCACAAACACCCCAGACCCCAGACUCCUGGACCCCAACGUCACCCCAAGCCCCGACACCAACACCACAUCACCAGAGAUGAGAAGAACCAUCUCUCCAGCUCCAAAUAUGAGGGCUUCGAGUCCAACAGGAACCUCUCCCUGGGGGACUGCUGUAAGGAGGCGCCUCCCUGCUGUCCGGAGGAUGAAAAGACAGCCGCGGUCGCUGCUGCAGUGGCCUCAGUAACCUUUGGCCCCUGUGUGUUCUGUAGUCACGGCAGCAGCUUACCCGGGGUGGACUCCAAGCUGGUGCGGAACGUGGAGUACAUCGCCAACUGCUUCAGGGAGCAGAGGGCCACCUGCGCCAAGGGGGCGGAGUGGAAGAGGGUUGCCAAGGUGAUGGACAGGUUCUUCAUGUGGAUCUUCUUCAUUAUGGUCUUCCUCAUGAGCAUUCUGAUCAUCGGCAAGGCACCAUGA